AUGGGCAUCGAUGAGGCCGCGUCUCUUCUUGCUAUGGCCGUAUCGGCGGUUCCCCUGUUCCUGUCUGAGAUCGUGCCGACGAGGAGCCGCCGCGGGCUCAACAUCCUGUUCCAGCUCAACGUCACCAUCGGCAUCCUCUUCGCCAACCUCGUCAACUACGGCACCUCCAAGAUCCACCCGUGGGGAUGGAUGCUGUCGCUGUCGCUGGCGGGCAUCCCGGCGGUGCUGCUCACCCUGGGCGCGCUCUUCGUGAUGGACACUCCCAACAGCCUCAUCGAGCGCGGGCGCCUGGAUGAGGGCAAGGCCGUGCUCAAGAAGAUCCGGGGCACCGACAACGUGGAGCCGGAGUUCAACGAGAUCGUGGAGGCGAGCCGCGUGGCGCAGGAGGUGAAGCACCCGUUCCGCAACCUGCUCCAGCGCCGCAACCGGCCGCAGCUCGUCAUCGUCGUGCUUCUCCAGAUCUUCCAGCAGUUCACGGGGAUCAACGCCAUCAUGUUCUACGCGCCCGUGCUGUUCAACACGCUGGGGUUCAAGAGCGACGCGUCGCUCUACUCGGCGGUCAUCACGGGCGCUGUCAACGUGCUCUCCACGCUCGUGUCUGUCUACUCCGUCGACCGCGUCGGCCGCCGGAUGCUGCUCCUGGAGGCCGGCGUGCAGAUGUUCCUGUCGCAGGUGGCCAUCGCCGUCGUGCUGGGCAUCAAGGUCACGGACCACUCCGACAACGUGGGACACGGAUGGGCCAUCAUGGUCGUCGUCAUGGUCUGCACCUUCGUCUCCUCCUUCGCCUGGUCGUGGGGGCCCCUGGGCUGGCUCAUCCCCAGCGAGACCUUCCCGCUGGAGACGAGGUCGGCGGGACAGAGCGUCACCGUCUGCGUCAACCUGCUCUUCACCUUCGUCAUCGCGCAGGCCUUCCUCUCCAUGCUCUGCCACCUCAAGUACGCCAUCUUCGUCUUCUUCUCCGCCUGGGUACUCGUCAUGUCGCUCUUCGUCCUCUUCUUCCUGUCGGAGACCAAGAACGUGCCCAUCGAGGAGAUGACCGAAAGGGUGUGGAAACAACAUUGGUUCUGGAAGCGCUACAUGGACGACGACAACCACCACAUCGUCAACGGCAAGAUCACGCCAACAAUGGCGCCUCCGUUUAACUACUCCAUCUGA